AUGAAGGGAGAGCAAGAGUGGAAGGAAGUUCGCAGGAGAAGAACAACUGAGAAAUUGGGCAGCGAGAUAACUACUUUCUUUAUCACAAAUGUCCCAAAGGAAGCCAUAAAGAGGGAGAUCUACGAUGCGUUCAUCCAAUUAGAUGUGAAGAAUGUAAAACAUAUGGAGAAUAGACUCGAUGGCACAAUGGUUAGAGGAACAAGACUGGAGGUGAACCUGGCAUUACAUAAGAGAAAAGAGCUCCCGUCCAUGGCAACGAACAUCAAAAGUAACCCUAUUGGGAGACAUAAUGGCUCCUUAACUAAUAAACAAUCCACACAUGCGGUGUGGGGGAGAUCAAAGGACCAUAGGACGUUUGCAGAAGUUCUUGGUAAGAAAAUGCAUACUGAUACUGCACCCCCGUCACCGCCUCCAAUAGCCCUACAUAUUGCACUAAGUAGAGAUACACAAAACUGGUUAUGGAAGACGUCUCUCAUUGGUGAGGCAAUGUCGUUAGAUCACUUGGAACACAUACCCAAGCUAUUGUCAUUUCGAAAUGAUAUUCUCAUGGAGAUCAAAGAAGAUGGAUCAUGA